AUGGAGAAGCUUAGCUCUAAAGAACUUCAGUCUCAACUGAAAGAUAGGGGACUAUCAACAAAAGGGACCAAGCGAACGAUGAUAACUCGAAUCCGGACAUAUGACCGACAAAAAACAAAUCAAGCUUCGAGAGAUGUAGUGGCUGAUUCCAGAGAUAACAACGAGAAUGAGACUAGAGUUGGGGACCCCGGUGAAGAGGUUGCAAUUUCACUGUCUGAAUCAGGCACAAUAGACGAUCACCUUCAGAGGGAAAGGGAAUGGGACCUUAUAAGGCGUCAAAGGGUGCUCCUCGAAAAUGAACGCAAGAUGCUUCAAAAAGAACGUGAGAUUGCAGAUAAUCUCAAACGUCUGGGAAGAACAGAGGCUUCAAUUCCAGAAACAACACACAAAACUAAAUUUAAUUGCAGCAUCAAAGAUAUUGCAGAUGUACUCCCAAUAUUUACACCUGGCGAUAUAACAUCAUUAUCAGCUGAAAAAUGGGUAAACCGAGUGGAAACACUCUUUAAAAUAUAUGACUGGGACGAAAGGGCUCUGUUGAUGGCCGCAGCUUCAAAGUUGCAUGGCCCUGGAAAAUAUUGGUGGGAUACAUCUCAGGAAGUAUCCGUUACCUGGGUACAACUUGCAACGGGACUCAAAGCCAACUUUACAAAUCAACAAAACGAAAUCGAAAUUCACCGACAAAUGGCACGAAAGAUUCGCAGACCUAACGAGUCACUUGAAAGCUUUUGCUUCGAGAUGAAUAUGUUGGGAAAACGAGCUCAAUUCGCCGACAACAUAAUUAUUCAAUAUAUCCUUACCGGAUUAAACAACCCACAAUUGAGUUCAAGCUUGGCAACAGCAAACUUCAAAAGUAUUGCCGAUAAUUAUAAUCGCCAAACAACCAGUGGACAGACAAAUUGGUCACGACAGCCGCCAUUAAAUGAACGUCCUGGGUGGCAGGGCCGACCACCAUUGCCUCAAAGGAGUUCACUCACUUGCUACAACUGCAAUCAAGCGGGGCAUAUUUCCCGUGAAUGCCCACAAAACAGAAAGAGACCUUGGAAAAACCUGAUUGCUUCUACAAAAUGGUCACCAUUAGUGGGAAAGAGUAUGCCGCUUGACUCUGGCAGCGAACAAACUGUGAUCGAAAAUUCUAUUGCUAAGGACACUGGGGUACGAAUAGAUUCCUGUGCUGUGACACUACAUGGGUUCGGUGGUGGAAGUUGCCAAGCGUUAGGCCAAAUCUCAUGUAACAUAGGUAUCGAUGAUGCUAUCUUCCCGGUUAACGCAGUAGUGGUUCCAGACGGUGGACUGCCUGGUUCAAUUCUGAUUGGAAAAGAUAUUCUCAACGAUCCAAUCUGUACAGUGUCAAAAGAAGGAGAAAUCCUUAUUAUCAAAAGAAAUGACACGAUUUCAAAAGGAAUAAGUAACUAUUCUGAAAUAUUUUCCACUCACCUGAAAAUAGAUGAAGAGUUCGAUUCAAAGGACCUAGUCACGCUGUUAAAUAAAUUCCGCAAAUGUGUGGCUAUGGAAGAAAAAGAACUGGGUCGGACAAGACUGAUUGAGAUGGAAAUAGAACUGAACAAAAUUGAACCGAUAUCCCAGAACCCGUACAAAGUCCCCUAUGCGAAACGAGAAGUUUUAUCGUCCAUGAUAAGCAAACUACUAGCCGCCGACAUUAUCCAGGAAUCAAAGUCCGAUUUUGCCGCUCCAGUGGUGCUUGUCAAAAAGAAAAACGGAGAGGACCGAAUGUGCGUAGACUAUAGACGUCUCAAUAUGGUCACAAAGAAGGUAAACUCCCCAUCACCACUCAUCGAAGAAGAGCUGAAUAAUUUGGUUGGAUAUAGUUAUUUCAUCGUGUUGGACUUAGCAUCAGGAUACUACCAGAUACCUAUCCGAAAAGAACACAUCCCUCUCACAGCCUUUAUUAGUCCCGAUGGAUUAUUUGAAUUUAAGGUCAUGCCUUUCGGAUUAGUAAACGCUCCAGCCUAUUUCAAAAAGCUCAUGAGAACAAUUAAACAAAAAAUGCUUCCCACAAAAGUAGUAAGUUAUAUGGAUGACUUUGUCUUGCCAGUAAUGUCGCUACAGGAUGGAAUGGAUAAAUUAGAAAAGUUCUUGAGGAUUUUAGACGAAGCAAACCUGACUCUUAACUUGAAAAAGUGUGAAUUCUAUAAGAAAGAGAUUGAGUUCUUGGGGCACAUUGUUCGAGAUGGUAAAAUUCAACCAGGGCAAGCGAAAACUAUGGCUGUCAAAGAGUUUGACCAACCCACAAACGAACAUCAGGUGAGACAGUUCAUAGGGCUUACAAGUUUCUUCAGAAAGUUCAUCGAGAAUUAUGCUGCAAUUGCAUCACCUCUAACCGACUUAACUAAAGAAAAUAAAAAAUUUGUUUGGGGAUCCAAGGAACAAUCGGCUUUUGACCAGCUAAAGGAGUCUCUAGUGACCAAACCGGUUUUAGUGCUACGUUUAGUGCUAUACGACCCAAACGCUGAACAUGAGCUCCACACUGACGCUAGUGGAAAGGGUAUCGCUGGAGUUUUGUUGCAAAAGAAAAAUGAGACCCUCCAUCCUGUUGCUUAUUACAGCCGCAAAACUACACCAGAUGAGUCAAAAUACCAAAGCUAUGAGCUGGAAGCCCUCGCGGUAGUUGAGGCAACUGAUAGAUUCCGACAAUAUUUGCUUGGUAAACAUUUUUUAAUUGUCUUUGACUGCGAAGCUUUGAAAACCACUAUGAAGAAGAAAGAAAUGAUACCCCGAAUCGCUCGCUGGUGGCUGCGUAUGCAGGAGUAUGACGGUAAGGUUGUACAUAGAGCAGGCAAACAAAUGACACACGUCGAUGCGCUUUCAAGGAACCCAUGUGAACCUGCUAAACCACCAGAAGUAGUUGAUAUGAACGUAUUCAAGAUAAACAUCGAAGAAACUGACUGGGUAUACUCACUACAACUCCAAGACAAGGAAGUGGCUGAUAUUGCAAAAGUUCUUGAAAGCCCUCCAAAGAACGAAUAG